AUGGGUUUGGAUCGGUCACCAGACAAUUUGCGCGUUCCUACGCCACCAAAACUCUCAAAAUUGGUAAGUGGUGAACUUUUCGACGCCAUAUUAACACCCCCAGGUUUAAUUCCAGGAGACGGAAUUGGAAGAGAGGUCAUUCCUGCUGGUAAACAGGUGUUGGAAGCUCUUCCAUCUGAUCUGAACCUGAAAUUCGAGUUCACCGACCUCAAGGCCGGUUUCGAACUGUUCAAACAGACUGGUACCGCUCUUCCAGAUGAAACCGUCAAGGUUCUGCAGGACUCGUGCGACGGCGCACUUUUCGGUGCAGUCUCGUCUCCAACCACCAAAGUCCAAGGCUACUCUUCUCCGAUCGUGGCUUUGCGUAAAAAGCUUGGUCUCUACGCCAACGUCAGACCAGUCAAGAGUGUCGAAGGUAUCGGUAGACCCGUCGACAUGGUCAUUGUUAGAGAAAACACAGAGGACCUGUACAUCAAGGAGGAAAAACUGUACGAGAAAGAUGGACAGAAAGUUGCCGAGGCUAUCAAGAGAAUUACCGAGAAGGCCACCACGAGAAUCGGUGCCAUUGCUUUGGAGAUUGCUUUGCAAAGACAGGCCAUCAGAAAACUCGGCGGUGAAAGCUUGCACUCGGAACCAACUUUAACUGUCACUCAUAAGAGUAACGUGCUUUCUGUUUCCGACGGUCUUUUCCGUGAGACCGUCAGAAAACUCUACGACAGCAACCCUUCGAAAUACUCUUCUGUCCAGUACAAGGAGCAGAUUGUGGACUCGAUGGUGUACAGAAUGUUCCGUGAGCCAGAAAUCUUUGACGUUGUUGUGGCUCCAAACCUUUACGGAGACAUUUUGUCUGACGGAGCUGCUGCUCUUGUUGGAUCGUUGGGUGUUGUUCCUUCUGCCAACGUUGGAGACAACUUUGCCAUUGGAGAGCCAUGUCACGGUUCUGCCCCAGAUAUUGAAGGAAAGGGCAUUGCCAACCCAAUUGCAACCAUCCGUUCCAGUGCUCUGAUGUUGGAGUUCAUGGGCUAUCCAGAAGCUGCUGCCCGGAUCUACUCCGCCGUCGAUGCCAACCUCAAGGAGGACACCAUCAAGACCCCAGAUCUUGGCGGAAAGAGCUCUACUCAAGAGGUUAUUUCUGACGUUAUUAGAAGAUUGUAA